UCCCACAUUGAAGGAAGCUAACAUGAAGUUAGCCGGCUCCAUCUACUCUGAUAUGAACUGACCGACGGGGAUUAAAAGUAUCCGCAGCUCCUCUUUCGGUCCGUUUUCUCCGCACUAAUAAUGCCUCUUCUGUCGGGCAGAGGAGACGGCGGGGCUGUCAGGAGCUUGUUGUUUUCGCUCGCCGCCACCGUGUUGUUGUUGUCGGUCGGAGUCGCGGCGAUCCAAGAGGAGCAGAAACCCGUCGAGAAGCAGCCAUUGCCAGAGAAAGCAUCGAGCCCGCAUCCUGUAGGCCCCGUCGUGGCUGAAGAUGGCUCAACCAAAGACAACCUGGGCUUCAUCCAUGCCUUCGUGGCCUCCAUCUCUGUCAUCAUCGUGUCUGAGUUGGGAGAUAAGACGUUUUUCUUCGCAGCCAUCAUGGCCAUGCGAUACAAUCGCCUGACGGUGCUGGCAGGAGCGAUGCUCGCUUUGGGAGUUAUGACUUGUCUUUCGGUGCUGUUUGGCUAUGCCACCACUAUCAUCCCCAGGAUCUACACAUACUAUGUGUCCACGGCCCUGUUUGCUAUCUUUGGGGUGCGCAUGCUGAGGGAGGGCCUGAAGAUGAGCCCAGAUGAAGGACAGGAGGAGCUGGAGGAGGUGCAAGCAGAGAUCAAGAAGAAGGACGAGGAGCUCCAGCGGUCCAAACUGGUGAAUGGGGCUCCAGAUGUGGAGGCCGGAUCGGGAACUACGCUGCCUCAGAGAAAGUGGCACAGCUUCAUCUCACCCAUCUUCAUGCAAGCCUUCACCCUCACCUUCUUUGCAGAGUGGGGGGACCGCUCACAGCUGACCACCAUUAUACUCGCUGCCCGGGAGGAUCCUUUUGGAGUUGCAGUGGGCGGUACAAUUGGACACUGUUUAUGUACAGGACUGGCUGUGAUAGGAGGGAGGAUGAUUGCCCAGAAAAUAUCUGUCAGAACAGUUACAAUCAUCGGAGGGAUUGUUUUUCUGGCCUUUGCCUUGUCCGCCCUGUUCAUCAAGCCAGAAGCUGGAUUCUAAAUGGACGCAAGACUUUCAGGUUUACUCUGUAAAUACGUGUACAAAAUUUGGUGAAGUUGCUGUAGAGAGACUCUAGUUUUCAUUCAGUAUGUCUCCAACUGAAACAUGUGACUGGCUCAAUGCUGAGUGGAAGUCCUGCCCACUUUUUCUGGAAAGCCUCGGUUCCUCUGCUGUCCGUGUUCCAGAGCGGUUUGUCUGAGGGUUUAGCAGUGAAUAGCAUCUCCGGGGAGGCUGAACCUGUGACCCACACCAGAGUCUGGUGGGGAGUUGCAGUUGUUGACAGAAAGCAGCCUGUGUUUGAUCUUCAUCCUGAAAAGUUCAGCAGAAAGCUUCUCAUCCAGAGCAACUGAAGAAAACUCAUCGGUGAGAAAGGGAUGCUGAGCUCCAGGGGCUGGGGGAACAGAUGCAUGCUGGGAGCGGAUGUGAGAUUCUCACCCUUGAGGAGGAGCUGUGGUCUCCUCACUAAUCGUGUGAGACAAAGAUGACUGGAUUGUUACUGAUCGCUGCCCUCAGAUUGUCUCUCUUCAAGUUACGGUGAUUCAGAAACGGACAUGCAGCACUUUCCUCAUACUCUACCUUCUAAGUUAGUCCAUUGAAGUCCAUUGAAGAUGCCUUUUUUGCAGUUUUUAAAUGUUUAUGUUAUUUUUGCUUGUUUCUUAAAAUAGAAGACCUGGGGUUAAACCCUAUUCACACCGGGGUCACUCUCCUGCUUCCACCUGCCUCCGAGCUGUACUGGAGCAAAAUCCUAUGAUAAAAUGGGCUUUUCCUACCUGAAGGAAAAGCACUUGAAAGCAGAACCACCAACAUAUAAUUUGUUUUGGUAAUCUGAUCUAAGUUUUUAUUUAGACUUGAGCUGAAAAAAAAAUGUUAUCCAAAUAUUUCAUAUAGUAGCGGUUUACUUUUCAGAAGAAUCCCAGACACACGAAAUGACCUUCACUUUGAGCUCGUGUGCACCUUUUCCAAACGAUAAUCAUAUAUAGUGACACUGAUCAGGGUACCUACUUAUCUCCUCAUGAUGAAUGUGUUUGUGGAAAAUGUCAGCUGCCACCACAUGGACCUGAAGCCCCAACUAACUGUGACCGAAUGUAAACAUCAGGUACAGAGUCACGGCACUAGAAGUGGAAAUCACUCCGUCAAGCUGUGCUGCUGCUGUGACAUGACAACGCUGCAACCUAAUUCAGGCCUCACUGUUUAUUUAAAAUGUUUCUAUUUAUUUAGCUUCUCUGUCUUUCCUCUGAGGUUUAAGUACUGUAGGCACAAAGGGCGGGAGAGGUCUCUCUCAACAUGGAACGGAAUAUUUUUGUAAGCAAAACAGGCGAAAGUUGCAUUGUCAAUAUUUGACAGACUGCUUCCAGCUGUGAAAUACUUAUGUUUGUUCUGUGGGUUGGUUGCCUGUAACUCUGAAAAGCUCAAUAAAAACAUUUUAUGUGGCGUCUGAUUUCUAACCA